UGCGCAGAUGGUCUGUUUUCAAAUGAGUGGACACGAUAGCGGCGGUAGGAGAAGUGUCGGAGCAUCACCUUUAUUAUUUGUCAGGUUUAGCUUCAACCUAUAGUUUCCCCAAUGGAUUUAGACACUGGAACAUACGAACCAGGAUUUGUUGGGAUACGGUUUUGUCAAGAAUGUAACAACAUGUUAUACCCUAAGGAAGACAAGGAGAACCGUAUCCUGCUUUAUGCGUGCAGGAACUGUGAUUACCAACAAGAGGCAGACAACAGCUGCAUCUAUGUCAACAAGAUCACCCACGAGGUUGAUGAGUUGACACAAAUCAUCGCUGAUGUAUCUCAGGAUCCAACUCUACCAAGGACGGAGGACCACCCCUGUCCCAAAUGUGGUCACAAGGAGGCAGUGUUCUUCCAGUCUCACAGUAUGAAGGCUGAGGAUGCUAUGAGACUGUACUACGUCUGCACAGCCCCUCACUGUGGGCACAGAUGGACAGAGUAAAGCUGGUGAUAAUGAAGAGGCCUAACAUUUGCAUGUAUUGCUGUGCACAAAAAAGUAUCCUAGCAGCAGCUCAAAUAGAGUUUUUUUAUUUUUUAUUCUUCCUGCUCAGUUUGUUGUCCAACAGCAGCACUGCUGAUGUUUGUUGACCUUUUUGUAUGACGACUUUCAGUUUGUCAGACACCAUCUUGUGAAUUUAAUGUAUUAAUAGUUUUUUUUAACAGUUGUCAUUUUCAAAUGUGUUUUUGUUAGAUUAAAAGAAUCAGUUGUUUCAAA